ACAUUUAUGUCGCUGACCUUUCUUCUCUGCCCAUCUCUUCAUUUAUAAACACAAACCCUUCUCUUUCUUUCUUUUUAUCUCAACAAAACUUUAGUGUCUCUAACUCUUAGUAUUAUAUAAAGGAAAGCAAAAACUAGUUACCCACUUUUCUGAGUUCCACUUCCAAAUGGGUAGGUCACCAUGUUGUGAAAAGGUGGGCUUGAAGAAAGGACCAUGGACACCAGAAGAAGAUCAAAAGCUCCUAGCUUAUAUUGAAGAACAUGGCCAUGGAAGCUGGCGUGCCUUGCCUGCAAAAGCUGGACUUCAAAGGUGUGGGAAAAGCUGUAGACUGAGAUGGACUAAUUAUCUUAGACCUGAUAUUAAGAGAGGAAAGUUCAGUUUGCAAGAAGAGCAAACCAUCAUUCAACUUCAUGCCCUCUUAGGGAACAGGUGGUCGGCGAUAGCUACUCACUUGCCUAAGAGAACAGAUAAUGAGAUCAAGAACUAUUGGAAUACACAUCUUAAGAAAAGGUUAGCCAAAAUGGGGAUUGACCCUUCGACCCACAAGCCCAAAAAUGAUACCUUACUCUCUAAUGAUGGUCAAACCAAGAAUGCAGCAAAUCUUAGUCACAUGGCUCAGUGGGAAAGUGCUAGGCUUGAAGCUGAAGCAAGACUUGUUAGAGAAUCAAAGCUGCGUUCACAUUCAUUCAACCAACAACAUCAUCAGCUUGCCAAUCAUGCUUCUUCAUCUUCUGCUUCCACUUCAGCUCAGCCUAUGACUUCAAGGUCUUUGAAUGUACUAAAAGGUUGGAAUGGUACUAGUGCGUGGUCUAAAUCAAGUGAAGGCAAUGGUGGUCUUGUAGCAACAGGAAUUGGCAAUAGUGACCUUGAGUCUCCCACUUCAACACUAACAUUUUCAGAGAAUGUGCCACCGACUAUGACUGGUGGAUCGGUUGGUGAGAAUUCAAUGCCUGUGAUUGAGUUUGUUGGUGGCGCUACUUCAGGUUCUAAUUCAGCGGUUGGAAUUGUUAAAGAAGAAGGUGAACAAGAUUGGAAAGGCUUUGAAUACAAAGAGGGCAUGGAGAAUAAUAAUCAUGAAAGUAAUUCAUUGUGUACUUUUAGAGCUACUAGCCUACAUGACAUGUCAAUUUCCAUGGAAACUAGCACAUGGAGUACUGAUGGUGGACAUAUUGUGGGAGAAGAUGGGUUCACUAAUCUUUUGCUUAACAAUUCUGAUGAUAGGAGUUCAUCAGAUGGAGGAGGUGAUUCAGACAAUGCUGGUGGCAGUGACUACUAUGAAGAUAACAAGAAUUAUUGGAAUAGCAUUCUUAAUUUGGUGAAUUCAUCCCCUUCUGAUUCACCAAUGUUCUAAAUAAGAGAUUUCCAUGAAUUGAAGUAGAAGUAAGCCACAGUACCACACUCCUCAAGCCAAGUCAUGAAGAGCUAUUGAUUUGUUUUUUGUUGUUAUUAAGUAGCAAUCAUAGAGAAAUAUUGUUGCCAAAUCAGUUUUGGUUGCUUCCACAAAUUAUUUAAAACAAUGAAAUGCUUCACAUGCUUGAAAAUGCUGUGAAAGCAACACUACAGUU